GUAUCUUUUUUAUUUAUUUUUCAUUCCAUUUCAUUGUUCAAAAUUCACUUGUUUCAAUUUUUCACCAAAUUGACAAUAUGUGGAAGCACCGUGGCCUCCAGCUCCAUCUCCGGCGAUCCUACACUGCGGCAACAGCCACAGCCACAUCCAUAGCUACAGCCACAACCACCGCAGCCCAACCGCCACGCGCUGUGCGCGGCAUGACUGACCGUUUUGGCGCCUCAGCCACCACCCACGCGCACAUCCUCAGCCAAGCCCAACAGCUUCUCACCCGGCACAACUACCAGCCAAUUCACACCCCAAUUCUCGAAUACUCCUCGACCUUUGAGCGCACCCUAGGCACCAGCAGUGACGUGGUCGGCAAGGAGCUCUACAAGUUCCUCGACUCGAGCCAACAAUGGAUGACCAUGCGCCCUGAGGGCACCGCCGGCAUUGCCAGGGCCGCCUUGAGUAAUCGAAUGGAGAUGCCCCAGCGGCUGUAUUACUCGGGCCCGAUGUUUAGACAUGAGCGGCCGCAGAAGGGGAGGCUGCGGCAGUUCGAGCAAUUUGGUGUUGAGAUUCUGGGUGUUGCGCAUCCAGCGGCCGACGUGGAGUGCGUGGAAAUCGCAUGGGAGCUCAUUAAUGGGUUGGGUGUUGGCGGGGUGCAGUUGAAGGUCAAUACCCUGGGGGAUGCGCAGUCGAGGGAGGCAUGGCGGGCGGCGCUGUGCCAGUAUUUUGAGCAGUACCGGGGCGAUUUGUCUGAGGAUAGCCUGAGGAGACUGGUCACGAACCCGUUGCGAAUUCUGGAUAGCAAAGAUGAAAAGGACAUGGUGGUUGCCCGGGGGGCUCCUGCCUACAGCUCCUACCUUUCGGCUGCCUCACUGCGUCACUUUGACUUUGUCCAAAACGGCCUGCAAUCCCUCCAUAUCCCCUAUGUACUGGACCCCAAGCUGGUCAGAGGGCUGGAUUAUUACCAGCACACUGUAUGGGAAGUAACAUGCAAUUCCGAGCUUCUCGGCCGAUCACAAGCGACCGUGCUGGCCGGAGGCAGGUACGAUGGGUUGAGUCGGGCGCUGGGCAGUACAAAGUCUAUGCCGGGGAUUGGAUGGGCGGCGGGAAUGGAGCGGUUGACGCUGCUUAUUCGCCCCGAUCUGAUUUCCUGUCCACCUGUUCCGGUGCCCAUUUUGCUGGUUCCUGAGCGCUCCGGCGAGGGAGGCGGUCAGAGAAGCGUUGAUGAUGCGCUAUAUGCUUUUGCGAUGCGCGUAGCUCGUGAGGUUAGGCGCGUGGUGGAUGAUGGUGCAUAUGUUGUGCAUGCGCCGGUAAGCGAUACCACAGAAACAAAGCCGAAUGAAGUGGGACGGAAACAUCCGGCGUUGGGCAAGCAGUUGGCUUUGUUGUUGGGCGCAGAGAAGAAUAAGGUGCCUGGCAAGAUUGUUAUUGUUGGGACUGCUGAAAUGGAAUGCAACUCGGUUAUUGUUAGGGAUACCGCUUCCCAAACCCAGCUUACUGUUGGCCUUGAUAGUAUACGCAGUGCGCUUAAAUAGAUUAGUGUUUUUGUUUUGGCUUUUAAUACCAUUUGUAAAUUA